UGCUCAAGAGCCCAAGGGAGUCUCAAAGUUUGUCUGGAGCCUUAGUUGGGAGUGGGCUUGUUGCGCGAGGACUUUCUUGGGAUGAGAACUGCCUUUUUGCAUUCCUUUUGGAUGCACGGCCCGAUUUAACCCCGGCACCUUCUGCACGAUCCCAGCAGGCUUGUCCUUCCCGGGGAUUCACAGAUCUCCGAGGACACGGGUCGCGGAGCCUACUACCGCAGGGCUCUCCCGAGUUCCUGCUCCAGUGCCUAAGUUCCACGCGCGCACACGCAAGCACACGGGGAGAGAGGCGUCUCACCGGUCCGCGGCGGCUCUGCGCGGUCCCCUCCUGCCUCAGCAUCCUCGGCCCUGCGCGGCGCCCCCCGCCAUGGAGGUGCUGGAGAGCGGGGAGCAGAGCGUCCUGCAGUGGGACCGCAAGCUGAGCGAGCUGUCAGAGCCCGGCGAGACUGAGGCCCUCAUGUACCACACGCACUUCUCAGAGCUCCUGGAUGAGUUUUCCCAGAACGUCUUGGGUCAGCUCCUGAAUGACCCUUUUCUCUCAGAGAAGAGCGUGUCGAUGGAGGUGGAGCCAUCUCCAACAUCACCGGCGCCUCUCAUCCAGGCGGAACACAGCUACUCCCUGAGCGAGGAGCCCCGGUCGCAGUCACCAUUCACCCAUGCGGCUGCCAGCGACGGCUUCAAUGACGAGGAGGUGGAGAGUGAGAAAUGGUACCUGUCGACAGAGUUUCCUUCAGCCACCAUCAAGACAGAGCCAAUCACAGAGGAGCAGCCCCCGGGACUUGUCCCUUCUGUCACUCUGACCAUCACAGCCAUUUCCACUCCUUUUGAAAAAGAAGAGUCCCCUCUGGAUAUGAAUGCUGGGGGGGACUCCUCAGGCCAGACGCUCAUUCCUAAGAUCAAGCUGGAGCCGCACGAAGUGGAUCAGUUCUUAAACUUCUCUCCAAAAGAAGCCUCCGCGGAUCAUCUGCACUUACCGCCCACCCCACCCAGCAGUCACAGCAGUGACUCUGAGGGCAGCCUGAGCCCCAGCCCACGCCUGCAUCCCUUCAGCCUGUCUCAGGCCCACAGCCCUGCCAGAGCCAUGGCCCGGGGCCCCUCUGCCUUGUCCACAUCUCCUCUCCUCACGGCUCCACAUAAGCUACAGGGAUCGGGCCCCCUGGUCCUGACAGAGGAAGAGAAGAGGACCCUGAUUGCUGAGGGCUAUCCCAUCCCCACCAAACUGCCCCUGACGAAAUCUGAGGAGAAGGCCCUGAAGAAAAUCCGGAGAAAGAUCAAGAAUAAGAUUUCUGCCCAAGAAAGCAGGAGAAAGAAGAAAGAAUACAUGGACAGCCUGGAGAAAAAAGUGGAAUCCUGUUCAACUGAGAACUUGGAGCUUCGGAAGAAGGUGGAGGUGCUGGAGAACACCAAUAGGACCCUCCUUCAGCAACUCCAGAAGCUUCAGACUUUGGUGAUGGGGAAGGUCUCUCGAACCUGCAAGCUAGCUGGCACACAGACUGGCACCUGCCUCAUGGUUGUUGUGCUUUGCUUUGCUGUUGCAUUUGGCAGCUUCUUUCAAGGCUACGGGCCUUAUCCUUCUGCCACCAAGAUGGCUCUGCCCAGCCAGCAUCCUCUGUCGGAGCCAUACACAGCCUCCGUGGUGAGAUCCAGGAACCUGCUAAUCUAUGAGGAACAUUCUCCCCUGGAAGAGUCGUCCAGCCCAGCCUCAGCUGCGGAGCUUGGGGGCUGGGACAGGGGCUCCUCUCUGCUUAGGUCAUCGUCCGGGCUUGAGGCCCUGCCUGAGGUGGAUCUUCCCCAUUUCAUUCUCGCCAAUGAGACGAGCUUGGAGAAGUCAGUACUGUUGGAGCUUCAGCAGCACCUGGUCAGCAGCAAACUGGAAGGGAAUGAAACACUCAAGGUUGUAGAACUGGAGAGGAGGGUGAACGCCACCUUCUAAGGAAAUCGUCACCGUCCUCUUCUCCUAACUCCAUCUGAGCACCCUCAGCCUACCCUGAUCUUAAGUUCCUCUUCACCACUGGAUCUCGAGGAGGAUGUGGACUAGCAUUACAGCUUGAGACGGGAGGCCAGCCCAGGGGUUUCUGCUUGCCUGUCCCCGUGGCUCUCCACACAAGGGAGCUAGCGCCUCUCCAUCCCUUUCUCUUACUGCCAUUGGGAAUUGUUUUAGGGGUGAGAUGGGAGUGGAACGAGCAGGCUUGUAUCCACCAAUAGUGCCAAGAAGACACUGCCUGAUUCUUCCCCGUGAGGAGUAACUCCUCUGAAGAAGAUGUGACUCACGGUCAGUUGAGACCCUACACAUAUGCCACAAACACGCCAGGGAGUGGCAAAGCACUGACUCCGGGGUUCCCUUGCUCACUAGGACUGCAGUGUGACCCCGCACUGGGGGGACCAAAGCAUCAUUCCAGGCUUCUCUCCACCCUGACCCCGCCCCUCAGAGUCCUUAUUGGAUGCCUGCACAGGCAGACGGGGCGCCCACCAUAUUUUCAGGCCGCAAGUGCAAUUCCUGAAGGCAUCAGGCUCUUCUCUUCUAAGCUAUCUUGCCCCUUGUGUUGCUUGUAGGAUACCCGCACCCACUCAUACACAGCCUGCAUCCCCACAGGACAGUAGCUCUGUCUCCCUGGCCUCCCCUCCAUUUGUAAAUAGUAUUUAUUAGCUUGCUGAAGCUCCCAGCUGACCACAGUAAAAUGAUUUCCCCUUCCAACCAGCAAAGUCUUUUGUUGGCCUUUGGAACCGGAGAGUCCCCAGGAUCGGGGGACCCCAGUCUUUGUAGUCGAUGCCUUGUUUCCUCCUUUUCUUUUUAAAAUUGGGGACCUAUAAAAUACUAGCUGUUGAGGAAUCCCCUUAGGCAUGCGUGUCUUGUUGGCUGAAUACCUGGGAAUGGUGGGAACGGUCUUGUUCAGUUGUUGUGUAUGGCUUUCUCUCUGUUCCUGUCACACGGAGGGAAAGCCCUGUCCCAGACACUGAGCGUUGCUGACAGCCAUGCUGGCUUGUCCUGCACACCUGCCUGCCGCCUCCCACACCUCCCUCCUUCCCUUCUGCCCUCCACCCACCUGCCUUAACUAAUCGGGCUGGAGUUGGUAAGCUUUGUACAUCCACAGCGGUGCCUUUUGCAGUCAGGUCCGGAUGCUUUGCAGCUUACCCAAAGAGACAUAGCUAAACUCUAAAAACUUUUUUUUUUUAAGAUUAAAAAGUAAAAAUUGUAGUUUAAAAAAAUCCUUUCCUCUUUCAUACAAAUAAGAGACGGAAAUUGCUCUUUUAUUGUAUAAGAUAGAAGAUCUGUUUAAAGUGGUUCCCCACCCCACCUCCACCCCCAGCUUGUAAAAGAUUUUAUGUAAGAAAUGUGCUUACACUUUUUAUUUUAUUUUUAGCAGCAGCUAAAAGGCCUGUAGUUUUGGCCUGCCUCUCUCUCUCUCUCUCUCUCUCUCUCUCUCUCUCUCUCUCUCUCUCUCUCUCUCUGUCAUCACCAUCUUUGAGAUCAUUAGAGCCUGUAUAAAGGGGAUUACGGCCCUGCAUUCUAUGUCACAUACAGAUUUGGGUGUCAUUAGUAUUUGCUGUCAUGCCCCGUGAGCAGCUCCUUACUUGGUCUGCUCAGGGCAUCAUAGGGAAUGUUCCUCCCCCCCCCCUUCCUCCCCGCCUCUGUGGUGGGUUCCCAGCUGGCAGAUGGCCAAGCUCACCUUGUAGUGGGUGAGACCUGCCUCAGGGCCACUGUGAUCUUGGCAGCGCUCCUGCCUAAGAGGCUGUCACCCUCCCUUAUCGGGUGGUGUAUAGCCUGGGCUAUGCCAAGAGGGUGGCUAAGUGAUCUGCUUCUUUCUCGCCCUCUCUCUCUCUCUUGUCUUCUCUCUUCCCUUGAUCUGCCUGGGCCUGUCCCGUUCUUCUCUUUACAGUACAGAUAUUUAUACAUCAUAAACUUAAAAAAAAAUGCCUGAAAGAGCAUGAGCAGGAAAAAUCCCAGGGUCCAGCAGCGUUCGCAUGACGAGAGAGGAAGGCUUUGCCACAAAGAGCAGAAAUGGGGAUGUAGACCGACUGUGCAUUUGCUGAGCUCACCCUUGGAUGUUGACGCCCCCGGAGAGCCGGCUGGGGACCCUUUUUAUGCAGGAGGAGGAGGAAGAUGUCCACUCACAUCCUCAGUCCUCUGAGGACUUUAUUUUCUUCUCUACCUACUCUUUUGGGUGUCACUGUCUCCAGCCAGCAGGGCCCUUUGUCUCUGGGAAAUUAGCUUUCCAGAAUAGAAUCUGUAACAAGAGAUGCGGGACAUACGCCAGAGAACUCAAACAGGCCUUUAAAGGAGCUCUCGGCAACCACACUGCUACUCUAUGAGAAGAACCUCUGCCCUUUACUGCUGGCUCACUAGGGAAGGGGACCAAGCCAGUGACCCCCUGGAAUGCUCAGUAGGGUCAAGGGACCCAGCAGAAAUGAGACAAGAAGUGAGACAAGAUGGGUGAGGAGCAAUUAGUGGAUAUGGGCAGUUUUUGAUCAGAGUUUAAGGCUAGGAUAUUGGUUUUUCCCACCGACUGGGAUGUCCUGCAGACCGACCGACCAGUCAGUACUUUAUGGUUAGGUCUGAAGGUUUUAAAUAAUGGUCAACCCAACACUUGAACUGAAAUAUUGAGUUUUUUUUUUUUUUUGAAAAAGACUGCUAGAUGGAGAGAGAAGCUAGAACAAAUUCCGCUGGUUAUAUUUUCUACCUUAUAAACAGGUCUGCCCUCCACCCCCUCUUUAAAAUACACACUUUUUAAAAUCACUUAGUGAUGGAGAUGUCUCGCAAAGACUUAGAGAACAAGGCCUUUAUCCCUAGAUGAGACCUGAGGAACCCAGUCGCCUCCCCUCCCCCCUGGAUCUUCUUACAGUUCCUGAUGGAUAGACAGACUUCACACUGGGAAGUAGGUCCUGUAAAUGGAGAAGCCAUCGCCAGCCCUGAGGAAGAGCCUCUGAAGUGUCAGGACUCUGCAGUGGAGCUCAUGCAAAGAGUGUUCUAUAAAAAUCUGACAGCUGAACUCAAUUGCUCUUUCCUGGCAGAAGGUGGGGGUGGGAUCCAUCAUCAGUGCAGGCAAAAUUAGAUAACCGUUUGGUUCAUAGACAUCAUUCUGUACCUUGGGAAAACAGUUGGGGCUGCGUUUUUCACAAACUUUACACACCAGGUUAAUAGAGACCCCCUCUUCAGCACCAGUUCCUCUUGGAUGCCCCCAAAGUCCCCGCAACUGUCAUUCACAUACAACAGGGAUAUCAGACCUCUUCCUCUUGGUGCUGGUACAGACUCCGUGUCCAUCCUUUUUAACCACGUGUCUUGUUAAAAUUCUUUGUAGCACUUCAUGUCCCCUCAUGUCCCAUGUGCUUCAGACCCAGAAAAGGCAAAACAGAAUUAGAAGUGCCUCCGAGCAGGCUCCCAUGCCGCCAUGGAGAGAUGGAGACAUCUUGUCCCCACCUGAGGAGUGGGCAUCUGUCUGAUCCUUGCCAACAUGGAGGGGCAGAAAUAGGAGAGAAAGCUUUUAGUUGCUAAUUUGUUUCCGCUGAGCCAAGUGUUUGAGAAACAUGGAGGAGAACUUGGCAUUCCCGCCACAGCCUGGCAGGACCUGUGGAGCCGUUGACGGUGGGGGUCUUAGCGAGAAGCACUUCAUUAGAACACUUGCUGCACAGGCCGUGAGAGCCUGACAGGAUAAGGUCUGCUUCCACCCCACAAAGGCAGUCACAGGAGAGAGUGGAGAGAGCAGUAAGGUGGUGGCUGGAGGGAGCCAGACACAGAUUCUGGUUCAUUCAUUCAUUCAUCCACUCCUUAGACGUGCAGUUUUACUAAGGAAGAACAGGUUUCCUGAGACCUAGGAAAUGCUGGAGAAUAAGAGGGACUUAGAAAACCAGUUUUAGUAGCCAUUCAAAGGACCCAAGUACCAAGUGCUAGCCAAGUGCUAGCUCGCUCUCUCUCUCUCUCUCUCUCUCUCUCU